AUGGGAAAGUCUAAGAAUAAGAGCAAGGAGAAUGUAGCUAAUGAGCCUGAUUCUAGUCUAUCGUCUAAUGCUAUUCUAUCUACCCCUUCUGGUCGUCCUCAACUUUCCAUCGCUAACUUGAACGAUGAAGUUGUCCUACUUAGGCAAAUUGUUAGUGAUCUACGGAUUCAAGUUGAAGCUCUCCAAAAGCUUGCCUAUCCAAAGAACUCUUGCAAUUGCGCCGCCGUUUCUGAAGUCAAUUAUUCGGCUCAUCAAAAUUCUUCUACCGUCGCAGAACAGCCAGUUGAUCAACUCCGGAAUGCCGUUGCUCAAGCCUCGUUAAGCCGCUCGUUCAUUGAGAAAUCCGUCUUCGCCGUUCUCAAACGUUAUCCUGAUAAUAAAUCAGUAACUCAAGAUAAAUUGGACGCUGAUCACGUCGCUGAGGUUUGCCGUAAACUCGAUAUUCCAAUGCCUAUUUCGACCCAUCGCCACCCGUGUAAAAGAUCCUAA